ACAGUCACAGAGUCACCCAGUCACCCAGUCGACCAAUUGCAAUCGUUAUGCGGCUUUGCGCUCUUAUCGCCGUCUGCCUGUUGGCACUGCUCUCCCUCUCCACCGCGGAGGAUCGGAGUGAGAUUUGCGCCUGUACGCGCAACUUUGAGCUGGUCUGCGGCAGCGAUGGCAUCACGUAUCCAAAUCCGUGCGAGCUAAACUGCUCCGCCAAGCGUACAGCACGUCACGGCAAUCCUUUGACUCUGGUCAAAGCUGGGCCCUGUUAGGUUCCGGAGUUACACUAAGAUUAUACAAUCUAAAAAUGUGAAUUGUUCACUUCACACUUCAAGUUAAAUAAAUAUUUUUCCGACUAUUGCAAAAUUCAA